UUUAAUUUUGGAAAACAAACAUCAAGAAAAAAACACGACACUUUAAGAUAAUUUUGCCAAUAAAAAGAAACAUAAGAUAAAUUCAAAGUGUUAAAUGAUAAAUUAAGAAAAUGUGUGUUUCAAUUGUCUACAAUUUAAAAUUGUUUUGAAGUGAAUGAAACCAUUUCAGCUUAUUUUUUUACACAAAAACUACUAUUGUUUCUAAACGCAUACUUUGCUUGCCUCUUGAACGUCAUUAUCUUUUUGAAUUCUAUAAAUAUUUAAAACAUACAAAAAAUUUAAACUAUAAAAAUAAACUACUAACGGCUCAUUGAAAUUUUAAAUAAAUAACAAAAAAACUGAAGCAAAAAAAAUUAAGAAAAUUAUUUUUCGUUUGCUAGUUGGCCUUUAGCCAGCGGCUAAAUGUUGAUCUUCAUAAACAAACCGAUGAUCAUUUGAAUUGUACUCGUAUAUAAAAAUUAUAGAAUUCUUCUUUGAUAAUACUACGUUAAAGUUUAUGUCCCCUUUUAUUCCCGUUUCAUGUGGUUUUCUUUGAAUUUAUUUGGGUGACAUUAAAAGUCAUCACUUUUUCAUUUUAUUUUGCGGAACAUAUGUGUAUAUACAUAAAUCGAGUUCAAUUUGGAUGACAUCGUCUGCACAAAUUGUUUGACAACAGGUGGAUUAUAGUAUAAAAAUGCUAUAGAGAUUAAACGAAAAUAAAUAAUAAUAAACUCAAAACACUCUUAGCGAGAGAUACAUAGUUGUCACAUACAUACAAGAGAGUAGAAGGUGAAUUUCGAAAAUAGAAUCGCACAAGUGUUUCCUUAUGUGAUUUACAUACUAUUUCAACAAUGUCAGAUUUGUUUAUGGAUAUGCAUCGUCGUCGUCGACGUUGGCAUAGCCAUCAGACCACACCACCAACGUCCACAUCACCGUCAACAACUACAACAACAACAACCUCAGAAUCGCCAAGUUCAACACAACAUACAAUAAACGAUCACAACACAUUUAGUCAUCAUAAUAAAAUGACAACAAAUGAUGCUGCUGAUGCAGCUUAUAAUGCAAAUUAUAAUAAAUUAAAAGAACCCAAAGAGGGAAAAUGUGAAAAUUAUGAUUAUGAUGACAAUGAUGAAUUUGCCAAUAUAUUAAGUUUGAAAUUACGAAAACCCAAACAUUGGAAAUGGGAGCUAUCUACCUCGAAAUCAUGUUCUAAUAUAGCUCUGCCACGUAUUUUACUGUACGAUCAUAAAGGUCAACUUUUGGUAGAUGCUCAGGAUGAUAAUGAAAGUGUUUAUAAACAAGAGGAUUUUGAAAAACCAAAACGUGAUAAAUCGAAAAAACGUUCUCAUCAAUCGAAACAAGAACGAUCUGCCACGACAAAUCUAACGCAUUCCAUACGUAAAGCUUUGGAAAAAGAAUUUAAUGGUUUACAAAUUCAAGAAGCCACACCAUCUCCCGAACCUUAUGCCAACAUGUCCAAUUCUUCUCAUCGUAGUCGUAAAGCAAUUGACUUUAAUACAACCGAUUUACCGGAUUAUAGUCUCUCGAGAAGGUCUUCCUCUUUAAGAGGAGUUCGUUUCAAUAUAGAAAACGACGAUGAUCAAGCCUAUUAUACAUCACAAAUACCGGAAUUUUUACCUACUCCACCUUCGACAACAACACCCACAUCAUCGUCGUCGGGUCCUCGAGGGAAAAGAAAAUAUCGUCGUUCCCAAAGUUCGGGUAGAUCAUCAGCACAUUCGGAAUCCAUACUCGAAAGAUUUAGUUAUCAAAAAGGACGUUUUUCUUCGCCCGAAUACGCAGAAGAAAAAGAAGUUCAACAUGGUCCACGUUACUUUUUGCGUACUAGCAAAGCUGGUACUUUGGUAGUGCAAGAAGAUAGUUUUAGUCAACAUCCCAGAAGAAGAAGACGAACAAUUAAAAAUCGCUCUACCGAGUCAUUGCAAAGUGGUCAGAAGUCUUUACUUUCAUCUACGCCUCCAGCACAAACGCAAUCUGCCUGCAAUAGUCCAACUCGAGCGAGCGAUUUAAGUCGUAAUACUAGUAGAAAACAACAACCCAUACGUCGUAAUUUGACUGAUGGAAAUAUUUUACUAAAUAAACAAUUAUCAACAUCUGAGGAAGAUAUUGCAACAGCAGCAGCGGUAGCUGUUGGCCAAAAACAACUAAUGGAAAAUGUUAAUUCAAGACAUUUGCGUAAAUAUGCACAGGCACGUAAUCAAGCAAAAGAUUUAGAUUAUUCAGCCGAUGUUCAUCAAAAUGGCAAAGUUAGAUGAAAUUAUUGGUAAAAGUUUCGUGACGAGUAUUGUUCAUUAAUAGAUAUAUAUUGUAUAUUUAAAGACAUGGUUGUGAAAAAUAUAAUAAUGCAAAUACUUAAUUAAUUUAUGAUGUAAAAAUAUGUGUAAAUAAAAUUGUAAAAUAAUUUUUAAA